ACUUCCUCCACCAAACCUAGUAGUGACGCAGCCAGGCGACGGUGAGAGAGAGAGAGAGAGAGAGAGAGAGAGAGAGAAAUGGCAUGGUGUGCGGCGAGGACCUUCAACGUUCCGGCGAUCGAUGUGGGCGCACUGCGCACCCGAGCUCCUUUAGCCGUCGGAGUGGGCUUUGCCUCUGUGGCUGGCUCGAAUAUAUGGCGAUCCUCUUCUUCGAUGAAGCGCUCUACGCCCUUUGCUUGCUUGGGCAUUUCCACCGACACUCGUAUCAAAGAAGCUGUGAAAACAGAUAAAGCUCCCGCGGCAUUAGGACCGUAUUCCCAGGCCAUUAAAGCCAAUAACUUUCUCUAUGUCUCUGGCGUUCUUGGUCUUAUUCCAGAGACCGGAAAGUUCGUAUCAGACAAUGUUGAAGAUCAAACGGAGCAGGUUCUGAAAAAUAUGGGGGAAAUACUGAAAGCUGGUGGUGCCGGCUAUUCUUCUGUGGUCAAAACAACAAUCAUGUUAGCUGACUUGAAAGACUUCAAGAAAGUUAAUGAGAUCUAUGCUAAAUACUUUCCUUCGCCUGCGCCAGCUCGGUCGACAUAUCAGGUGGCAGCAUUACCUUUGGAUGCAAAGAUUGAGAUAGAGUGCAUUGCAUCACUGUAGCCUUCUAAACAGAAAAGCUAUCCAGCAAAUGCUUGAGUUAAUAUAAACAUGAAUGAGUCCGAGAAUCCAUUUUCUCCCUCACAUUGUUGUUGUUUAUAACAUUAUCAAUGUGAUUUCACUAGCGAACCGGUUAAGAGAGAAUUAAUCAAAGACCAGGACUUAUGCGUU